GUCUGGUGUCUACAGUGCGGCUUCCGUAGCUCGCACAGGAUUGUGGGAGGCCGGAGAAGAUGGCGGUGAUUAUGCUGUGCAGGUCGGCCGGAGGCCGGGCAAUGUCACGGCCUCAGAUUUCAUCUCUGGCUGCGUCUGUCCCAGUUAUCCUGCAGCAGAGGAAUGUCCACCAUGCUGUCGUUCCACACGGUAAACCUGGGCGCUCUGCAGUUAGCGGCGUGGUGGCUACAGUUUUUGGAGCCACAGGGUUUUUGGGCCGAUAUGUUGUCAACAGGCUUGGACGCAUUGGCUCUCAGAUUGUAAUACCCUAUCGCUGUGACCACUAUGAUAUAAUGUAUUUGCGACCAAUGGGAGAUCUUGGACAAAUACAGUUCCUGGAAUGGAACCCAAGAGACAAAGAAUCAACCCUACAAGCUCUACAAUGCUCCGAUGUAGUGAUUAAUCUUGUGGGAAGGGAAUGGGAGACCAGAAACUACAGUUAUGAAGAUGUGUUUGUGACUAUCCCUAAAAACAUUGCUCUGUUGGCUAAGGAGGCCGGAGUGGAAAAAUUCAUCCAUGUGUCCCAUCUGAACGCUGACAUCAAGAGUCCCUCCAGAUACCUGAGGAACAAGGCAAUUGGAGAAGAGGCAGUGCGGGAGGUCCUCCCGGAAGCAAUUAUCGUUAAACCCUCAGAAAUAUACGGUCGGGAGGACAAGUUCCUGAACUAUUAUGCAAACUUGCGCUGGUUUGGUGGAGUGCCGUUAAUAGCUUAUGGCAAGAAGACGGUAAAACAACCUGUUUAUGUAGCAGAUAUUGCCCGAGCUAUAGUAAACAUUGCCAAAGAUCCUGACUCAAUGGGAAAGACCUAUGCUUUAGCUGGACCUAACCGAUAUCUCCUCCACGACAUGGUGCGCUAUAUCUACUCUGUCACUCACAGACCUUUGUUCCUGUAUCCAUUACCUCGCCCUAUCUACCACUCGUUGGCAAGGUUUUUUGAACUGAAUCCAUUUGACCAAUGGACAUCAAGGGACAAAGUGGAUCGAUUCCACACUACAGACAAGAAAUUCCCUGAUCUACCAGGCCUAGAAGACCUUGAUAUCACUCCCACUUCACUUGAGCAGAAAGCCAUUGAGGUCCUGCGCCGUCACCGUAAAUACCGCUGGUUGGAUGCUGAUUUGGAUGUGACAAAGCCGGCCACACCUGUGAACUAUUAACAUCCUCUGCUGCCCAUUUUAGAAUUUGUGCCAGCUGUUCUUCAUGUGGUGUGUAAAGUCUGAUUGAUUGCACCUGAUAUGUAUAUAAAUAAAAUAUUAUAUAGAG